CCCUGCAGUACUCAUGCGAUUUCAUGUUGAUCGUCUAAGCUCAGGCGAUUCGUUUAAGGAAGAGUAUCCGUGCGUUAAUUUAGAUACAUAGCUCCUUAUUUUAAUAUUUUGCACAAGUAUGUCCACGAGUGACUUCUAUCUGAGGUACUAUGUGGGCCAUAAAGGAAAAUUCGGCCACGAAUUUCUUGAAUUUGAAUUCAGACCAGACGGCAAGCUGAGAUAUGCCAACAACAGUAACUACAAGAAUGACGUCAUGAUCAGAAAAGAGGCAUAUGUUCAUAAGAGUGUGAUGGAAGAGUUGAAGAGGAUCAUAGACGAUAGUGAGAUUACAAAAGAAGACGAUGCUUUGUGGCCUCCUCCAGACAGGGUCGGCCGACAGGAACUCGAGAUUGUCAUUGGUGAUGAACACAUCUCUUUCACGACUUCGAAAAUCGGAUCUUUAAUUGAUGUCAACCAGUCCAAGGACCCAGAAGGGCUCCGAGUGUUCUACUAUCUGGUCCAGGAUCUCAAAUGCCUUGUUUUCAGUCUCAUUGGGCUUCACUUUAAAAUCAAGCCCAUCUAACUGCCCUGCUGCUUUUACUCUGGAUGAAAAUCAUAUUUUGGUUGUUUUCCCCACUGUCAACAUUUGUAUAUUGCUUGGUGGUUAGCUUUUUUUGUUGUUGUCUUUUUUUUAAAUAAAAACUUGGUCUA